AUGCGAAGGGCCCUAAACUGCACUUGCUUGACGGACGAGUGCAGUCGCUCGCCCCAGAGGCAGCGGUGCUUGGGGGCCUUGCCCAGGCACUGCGCUCGGCCGCCACAUCGUCGUUUGGGUCAGUCGAGGCUCCGCCGCCGCCGCGCACGCGCUGCCAUGCCCUCGCCGCCCGUUGCCUCCGGAUUCGCUGCCGUCGCCGCCGCAGCCGCCAUCGUCUCCUUUGCCGCUGCAGACGAAAUAUGCCUAAAUGGUAGAUUCGGCAAAACCCACAAUUGCAGUCUUGACCACUUUUGCUGCGGGGACUAUUGCUGCCCUCGGAGCCUGCUUAUCAUCGUGGAAGUAACUGGGGGAUUCGUGCUAUUAAUUCUACUAAUCAUCGCGUGUCUUUGCCAUUAUUCAGGCAGCGCCACCGAGCGUCGUCAGUUCCUGGCAGUGGGGACAAGCAGUCGCCCACCCGUCGCUGGCCUUGCGUCUCGCCAUCACCACUACCACGCCCACGCCCACGCCCACCACCCGACCGGUUGAGCUGGUCCAAAAAGUUUUUUCUGACAAAUACUCACAAGGACUGUGCCAUUCAGCUUUGGCACACUCCGGGACUUCAGCGAAGACAUCACUAUCACCGAGACCUUCUGGACAUUUGGCUAAUUGAACAUACUCUAUUCCAUAUUUUGUACAUUUUUUAUUAUAAUUUUGUAAAUAUAUUUAAGAAAAGUUUUGAAAAAUAAAGAAUGUAAAGGCUAAAAAAA